CGCAGUCAGCGCCCCCGCAGUCAGCGCCCCCGCCCCCGACUACUCCGCGUUCGUGAAGUGGGCCGACCAGGCAGAGGAGACGCUCAAACAGUGUUCCCUUGAAGUGGAGGAAGGCGAGGCGGAGCUGGCGGCGGUGUCGGCGCGGCUCGACCACAUCGAGGUGGGCCGCCAGGACUUCGCCGACCUGCCCACUAGCGACGAGACGUGCGUGGAGCUCCGCCGUCGCUCGUCGCUCAUCGGGCGGCAGUGCACCGCCGUGAGGAACCAGCUGAACCUGCUGCAGGAGCAGCGCGCCUGGAGCCGCCGCCGCGAGCAGCUGGCGCGCGCCGCCGCCCGCCCCGCGCUGCCCGAGGGCAAACCAACGAACAACCAGCUCAUCCACCUACGCAACAAGAUCCGACAGCUGAAGCAGAUAGAACCUCAACUGCAAGAGCUGAGCGCGCAAGCCAUAGUGCUACAGACCAAGCCGCUGUCGGCUGCUCACAAGGAAAACAUCGACAAGGAAACCAAGAAGCUGCAACAAGAAUACCAAGAGACACUGACACUGCUCAUGCAGAAAGAACAGGACAUCAAACUCGCCCUCAAAAAGCGCCCCGGACAGAAACACGAAGACGACUUCAAGAGCCUACAAGCCAAGAUACAGAAUAUCGAAGCGCAGAUUAUAUCCGAACACGCCAUGUACAGUUCAGUUGAAGAUAUGAAGAAGAAGAUCGAGGAUUUGAAUGGGUUGAAGAAGGAGUUGGAAGACCUGCAAGCGAUGUACGACGGGGUUGUCAGAGACAGGAGAGACAAGUACGAGAAGGGAAGUGUAGAGGAGCUGAGCUUCAGGAACAGCCUGGAGAAUCUCGUGUUCAUGUUCGGAGAUACGAAGAAUAUAUUGGACCAGAAGAUUGGAAAACUUGAGAAAGGCGUGGAGCUAGUGACGUCACUGACCGCGCGAGUGUCGUCGGUGCGUGGGUGGGCGGCGCGUGCGCAGGAGUUUGUCUCAGACCACAGCAGUGUGCCGGUCGGGGACACGGAGAAAUUGGAGGCAUUGCUGGACCAGAGCAAUAAACUAGAAGAAGAGAAAGCCGACAUAAAAACGAAACUUACCGAAAUCGAAACGAUAAAGUCCGAAAUCCUAGAGGACUGUGCGGAAGAGUUCUCUAGAUCUGUCAAGGAGGACACGGGCGAGCUGCAGAGUAAAUUCGACGCUGUCAGCGAGCCCGCGUUCCAGCUGAACGAGGGUCUCCGGAGAGGCCUGGAGAAGACGGAGGCGGUCUACAGAAUGAUGGAUGAGAUCGAGGAGUUCCUGUCGUCGAUCGAGGCGGCCAUGCCGUCGGCGGCGGAGUGCGACAUUGCGGACAGCAGCCAGCUGUACCACAUGAAGUGCCGCUUCCAGGCGCUCAAGGACCGCUGCGACCAGACCACGGAGCUGUUCCGCGAGGCUAAUGAACAAGGCAAUGACAUGCUACUGUCCGCGUCGCCGCCGCCGCCGCAGCUGGCGCGGCGCCUCACGCAGCUCAACGCCGGCUGGACGCGCGUCACGCCGCUCGUGUACGAGAGAUACAAGAUCCUAGCAGAAGCAUGGCUGGAGUCUGGCGAGCUGCGGUCGUGGCUGACGCGCGAGGCGGCGUGGCUGCAGGGGCUGGGCCGCCUGCUGGCCCGCCCGCCCCGCGCCGCCGACGCCGAGGAGUACACCACGCUGCUCACUGACCUGGAAAGUUACCUGGCGAAGCGCAGCAGCGGGCAGUGGGAGCGCAUCGAGGACGUGGCGCGGCAGCUCAUAGCGGCGCAGAUCAUGCCCGCCGCGCUGCAGGCCGACACCCGCCGCCUGCGCGCCGCCUGGGCGCAGCUGCAGCCGCAGGUGUCGGAGCGGCUGGCGCUGCUGGAGGCGGCGGCGGCGGAGGCGCACGCGGCUGAGAGUAAACUGGAUGAAGUGAGGCGCUGGCUGCAGGCGCCGCCCACUGAUGAGGCCGUGCUAGCAUCGGAGCUGGCCGCCCACCGUCAGACGCUGACGGAACUAGAGGCACUCGCGACCGCGCACCGCGCCGCCGGCCGCACUGAGGCCGCCGAGCACCUGGCGACCCAGGCGCACUCGCUCACGCGAGCGCUGUCAGCCCUAGACACGUCGUCGCCCGCGCCGCUGACCCCCGCGUGCAUCGCGCCGCGCCUGCAGGCCGCCUGGGACAGCCUGGCGCGGGUGCAGGCCGCGCUGCCGCAGCUGGCGCUCACCGGGGCCCGGCCCGACCCUGUGAGGGAUACCCUGAGGGACUGUCUCAGGUUCUACCGCACGCUCAGCGAGAUCAAAUCCGAAGUGGAAGGCAUCAUCAAGUCCGGACGCAAGAUGGUCGAAGAAAAAUCCGUGCCUGAACCUCAAGAGUUCUCCAAAAAAAUCGACUCUCUGAAGGAACUUUACAACAAACUCGGCGCGCAGAUCACCGAAUCGAAAACGAAACUCGAAAGCGCUUUGAUCACAGCGCGGGAGAUACAGAACGACCUGCAGUCAUUGACCAGCUGGCUCGACGGCCUCGACGCCAACAUGGGCAAGCAGACGCUCGAGCUAGAGAUGUCUCGCAUGCAGGCGAUAAGAGACAAGCUCAACGCCAAUCACGUGGAGUUCAGCCGCCACUGCGACGCGGCUCAUUUGGCUGACUUACGUGAGCAGAUCGACGCCGUCAACCGGCGCUGGGACCACCUCAAGAAGCACGGAGUCUCUAAACCCCUAGACCUGACCUCCGUGCAGAAGUAUCUAGCUGAUGUAGACGCUCAGCUAGACGGUGAAGUGACCCCCGAGAAGUUAAGGGAUAUGGAGAGGGAAUUGCGGGCGCAAGCCAAGGACAUCGAGGCGCUGGAUAAUAAGGCGGUGCAUAAGCAGUGGGAGAAUAUACUGACGAAGAUCGCGACGGCCCGGCCGGCGUACGCCGAGGUCACCGACACGGUGCGGCGACGUGUGGAGAGCCCCGUCGACCGCAACAACGACUAUAAGAAGUCGAAGAUCCCUCUGGCCGUGCGCAGCCCCGCGCCCAUCCGCCGCGAGCUCACCCGGGGCCAGCGCUCCCGGACGCCCUCGCUGGAGCGAGCCCCCGCGCCCCCCAGCCCCGCCAGCACCCGGUCCGUCGACUCGCUCACUCCCGCGCCAGUAGACAAGGACAGCAGCACCUUCAACCUGCUGCAGGACAGCGAGCUCUUCACGCAGAUCAACAACAACAAGAUCGAGCCAAAGCCGCCCCUGCCGCCCGCCAACAAACCAAGUUCUCUACACGUUGUGGCCGUCAAGGAACACGAGAUAGUCAAAUCAACUGUCAACGAAAACAGGGAUGAAUACAAAACUGAGACAGUGGAGACAGUGAUGCAGUUUAUACCACAGACGGUGGAGACUGUAGAUAUAGUCGACGACGAUUCUGACGACGAAACGAAACAGAAACGACCCUCAGUGGACCUGGGGAACGAGCCGAAGACCUUCGUCGUACAAGUGACGACGCUAGAGCAACGCAUGAAACCGCAACUCGGCAUUCUGAAGCGCAAGCAUUCGUCUCCAGACGAGAAACAGAAAGUGAUGAAAGUGACCAUAGAUUCUGUCCCGGAUAUCAUUCCUUCUGCAGAAAUCCACGACGAGUCUAUGAAGACCCCCCCGCCCACGCCAGCGGGUGAAGAAGACCAGGACAACCCUCUGGACAUGGCGGAGAAACAGAAGGAGGCUCACCAGAACUUGAGGAUGGAUGAAGUGAAUGAGUACCGUAUUCUGGACGAAGUGCCCAAGGACCAGGCGGCCUUGCCCGAGCCCUCCGCGACAGAAGCGGCUAGCGAUGCCAAUGUCAAUACCACACCAGCUGAUAAAACUAAACACAAAGAUGAAGAAAUUCUAGAUUCUGCUGAUGUAAAAACGGAUGAGGAAGCUAAAGUAGACGAUGACGCAGAAAUAUCUAGAAAGAAAUCCAAUGGAGUGGGAGAGGAAGAAGUCAUUUACACUGAAGUGCAGGAAUCUUCCGAGGGCCGCGAGUCCCCGCAGGGCGCGCCUCUGUCCACGUCCACGCCGCUCAAGCACUCGGCGCAGGUCGUCGCCGUGUCGCCCAAGAUCGGCGCCCGGGAGAACAAGGAAGAACAGGAUAAGUCUAAAUCAGAAGACAGCAAGCCCCGCAAGUCCCCACCCAGCCCGCUGCCGAAGCUGGCCCUGCCCGCGGCCCCCGCGGCCCCCGCGACCCCCGCGACCCCCGCGUCCCCCGCGACCCCGACGACCCCGGGCAGUCCGGGGGGCAAUAGCACCCCAGGGAGAGAGAGGCUUACUAGUGUCGACAAGUACCAGAAGACUGAAGACUUUGAUGAGCUGUCCCCCCUGCCCGACUCCCCCGGCACGCCAUCCCUCCUCUCCGAGGCCUUCCAGUCGUCAUGUUCUGUGGAGCUGGCGGCGUGGGAGGCGGCGGCGGCGGCGCUGGCGCGGCGCAUGGGCGUCGUGGCGCUCACCGUGCGCGGCGUGGCCAGCGAGCGCGACCCCGCCAAGCGACUCGAGAUCCUGAAGCACCAGCUCGGGGGCCUGGCGGCGGACGCGGCGGCGCUGAUCUCCCGCGGGGACUCGCUCGUGUACGAGCAGCACCGCACCGACCCGCUCCUCGCCGCCGCCAUCCAGACCACGUACCAGGACAAACUCCGCAACAAAUGGUCAGCGGUUGUGGCGGAGAUCGAGAGCCUCCGCGCGGUGGCGCUGCGGGCCGAGGACCAGCUCAAGGAGCUGCAGCAGCUCAGCGCCAGCCUGCAGCCCCUGCCCGACGCUACUGAUGACCAGGAGGCGUGGCUCCAAUACUCUUCACGCAUGGAGCGCCUGGCCGAAAUCUGCCGCUGGCUGAAGGCGGAGCGAGUGGGCUACCCGGAGCGAGCCAUAGCUGACCUGACCACCAGGUGGAGCCAGGCGAAGAGGGACUACGAGCUGCAGAGGAGUAAGGAGGGGAAGGUCAGUGCUUAUUACCCCCUACUCCCAGGAGAAGUGGCUAUAUAUAAUACUAGCUGUUCCCGCGCGCUUCGCUUCGCCUUAAAAAGUUUUCCCGUGGGAAUUCUGGGAUAAAA